AUGGGUUAUGGUCUACCGGAUAAGUAUGUGUUUCGGGACAUCCGCGGAACUACGAAAGGCCAAUUUGGCUUUUCUUUAAGCGACAAAGCAAAGGCGCCUUUAUGGGAAACGGAAACAGACAAUCAACAGAGAACGAAUAAUCCGUUUGUUUUGGAUGAAGUGCAAAAGUUGGAAAUGGAAAUGGAAACGUGA